UGGGUGUGGCUGAGUACCCCGCAGCAGUCACGUCGUUCCGUUGGUUCAGAGUGACCCAUAACUUGGAAGCCUUCCUUAGUUGCUUUAUAGGUCAUUCCUGCUUCUGGGAUCCAACUCUAUGUUGUGGUUAAGAAAUGUUUCACAUCAGACAGAGUGAAUUACAAAACAGAGAAAUUUACAUAUUAAAUAAAUAUUUCAUUAGAUUUGAAGAAUGAAGAGGAACAAUUUGUCUCUUGUGGAUAAAAUUGUCCAGUCUUCACCAACAGCAAAACAGCCAAAACUGGUGUUCUACUCUUGUCUCAACCAGACUAAGACGUACAGUGUUCUAGACUGGGGGAGUUUGCCUCACCAUGUGUUGUUGCGGAUUUUUCAGUAUCUUCCUUUAAUAGAUCGGGCCCGUGCAUCUUCUGUGUGUAGGCGAUGGAAUGAAGUUUUUCAUAUCCCUGACCUUUGGAGAAAGUUUGAAUUUGAGCUGAACCAGUCAGCUACUUCAUAUUUUAAGUCCACUCACCCUGAUCUCAUUCAGCAAAUUAUUAAAAAGCAUGCUGCCCAUCUCCAGUAUGUCAGCUUUAAGGUUGAUAGUAGCACAGAGUCAGCAGAAGCUGCCUGUGAUAUACUUUCUCAGCUGGUAAAUUGUUCUAUCCAGACCUUGGGCUUGAUUUCAACAGCCAAGCCAAGUUUUAUGAACAUGUCAAAGUCUCAUUUUGUGUCAGCACUUACAGUUGUUUUUGUCAACUCAAAAUCGUUAUCAUCAAUCAAAAUUGAAGACACACCAGUGGAUGAUCCUUCACUGAAGAUUCUUGUGGCCAAUAAUAGUGACACUCUAAGGCUCCUAAAAAUGAGUAGCUGUCCUCAUGUUUCAUCUGAUGGAAUACUUUGUGUAGCUGAUCACUGCCAAGGCCUCAGAGAACUGGCUUUGAAUUACUACAUUCUGAGUGAUGAACUUCUCCUGGCGCUUUCAAGCGAGACUCACGUUAACCUGGAACAUCUCCGGAUUGAUGUUGUGAGUGAGAAUCCUGGACAGAUUGAGUUUCAUCCCAUUCGGAAACACAGUUGGGAUGCACUUAUCAAGCACUCCCCUAGGGUUAGUGUUGUCAUGUACUUCUUUUUAUACGAAGAGGAAUUCGGAACAUUCUUCAAAGAAGAAACCCCUGUUACUCAUCUUUAUUUCGGUCGUUCAGUAAGCAAAGCAGUGCUAGGACGGAUAGGGCUUAACUGCCCACGACUGGUCGAGUUAGUGGUUUGUGCUAAUGGUCUGCAGCGUCUUGACACUGAGCUGAUUUGUAUAGCUGAACGCUGUAACAACCUGACAGCCUUGGGCCUGAGCGAAGGGGAAGUCAGCUGCAGUGCGUUCAUUGAGUUCGUGAGGCUGUGCGGGAGAAGGCUCACCCAGCUCUCCAUAAUGGAGGAGGUUUUGAUCCCCGAUGAAGAUUAUGGCCUAGAGGAGAUUCACACCGAAGUCUCCAGAUACCUGGGAAGACUGUGGUUUCCCGACGUGAUGCCUGUCUGGUAACUGGCUACCAAAGGUUCCGAACUUUUUAAAAAAUAAUAUUGGUCAAGUUAGCUGCUUUCUGUCUAUGCAAAUUUAAAUUUUUAAGAGGCAUUGCUGAAAUAUUUUAGGUCAAAUAUUUUAUCAUUUGCAAACUGUCUUAAUGGACUGCUGCAGAAACAUUUGAAAAAAUAUGGGAAAUGUGAAAAGCCGGGUAUCUCUAAAAAUAGGGCACAGGCUCUGUAUGUGGAUGAGAUGGUUGAGAUGCCAAAAACUACAGAUGGCUUCUGAGGAGAUUCCUCAGCCUUCCUUGAAGGCAUACUUUAGCUUGCUAAACGAAGGCGUAAUACUGAACCGGGAUCCCUUAAGUUAUAUCAUUUAUCAUGUUCUAUUGUUUUAACUCUAUUUUAUCUUGAUAUCAAUAUAUUUUAUAAAUUACAUAGUAUUAAACACUAAGUGUAAAAUCAAGGUUCAGAGACAGAUUUACUUAAUUACAAAAUUUUUAACAUCAUAUAAGAUCAUGUUAUGAUUUAAUAAAUAACUCCUAAUUGCCAA